GUGUGAUCAAUAAAGGGUAAAAGUGUUUUUUGAAACAUAUCACAAACAAUAUCCAGCAACUCAACAACAAAACCCUCAUCAUGUUCUUCAAUAUGCAUCUAUAGAUAGGUAGAAAUGGACAAUUGGAAUGAGCAAUCCGACCACACUAGAGACGAAGAUGAAGAAGAUGAUGACAUUUUCCAAAAAGCUAUUUUUGUGGCUGCACUAGUUGGUGAGUAUGCAGUAAACCAUUUAUGCAAAGAACCUUGUCGAACUAGUGAGCUAACGGGUCAUUCCUGGGUUCAAGAAAUAUUGCAAGGUAAUCCCACUCGUUGUUAUGAGAUGUUUCGAAUGGAAAAACAUGUAUUUAAUCUAUUGUGCAUUGAAUUAGUUGAGCUUGGUUUAAAGUCAUCUAAUCGAAUGACGGUUGAAGAAACGGUUGCAAUGUUUUUAGUUGCUGUUAGCCACGGGGUAGGUAAUAGAAUGAUUCAAGAAAGGUUUCAACACUCGGGUGAGACUGUAAGUAGACAUUUUCAUCAAGUGCUUCAUGUCGUCCUUAAGUUGUCUAUGAAAUAUAUUAAACCCGAAGAUCCUAUGUUUCGUGAUUGUCAUUCCAAAAUAAAAAAUGAUCCACGAUAUUGGCCAGUUUUUAAGAAUGCUAUAGGAGCAAUUGAUGGUACACAUGUGUCAUGUGUAGUUAGUGGAAGUGAGCAAACAAAGUUUAUUGGAAGAAAGGGAUAUGCUACACAAAAUAUAAUGGAUGUAUGUGAUUGGAACAUGUGCUUCACUUUUGUAUUAGCUGGUUGGGAAGGUACUGCUCAUGAUGCUCGUGUUUUUGACCAGGCUUUGACAAAUGCGAACCUUAAUUUUCCACACCCUCCGCCAGGUAAGUAUUAUUUGGUAGAUUCUGGCUAUCCAACACCAAUAGGGUACAUUGGUCCAUAUAGAUGUGAACGAUAUCAUCUUCCUGAAUUUAGGCGUUCUAACGGAUUCGCAAAUCAUAAUGAAGUAUUUAAUUAUUAUCACUCUAGUUUAAGGUGCACAAUAGAAAGAACUUUUGGGGUAUGGAAGAACAGAUUUGCAAUCCUACGUCGAAUGCCUAAGUUUAAAUUUGAGACUCAAGUUCAAAUAGUUGUCGCAACAAUGGCUAUACACAACUUUAUCCGAAGGAAGGCAGAAAAUGAUAUGGAUUUUAAUGUUUAUGAAGAUGAAAGCACAGUCAUUCAUCAUGAUGAUAGCUCAUCUAACUUGGAUCAAUCACAAGUUUUAAAUGUAGUUUCGUCGUCAGAGAUGGAUCGCGUUCGAAACAUAAUCCGCAAUGAAAUUAUUGAGCACAUGCAAAAUAAUUAG